CCACACUGUGCUGUUGCUGAGAUGAAAGGGAAUGGUUUUCUUACUUUUAAUCUUCUUUCCAGCUAGGUAUAGAAAAUUGGAAAGCUGCAUACCAGUAAUCUUGCGAGUAAUAGUUCAGAUCUGUUUUCACUGAAUGCAAAAGGUCUUUUAAAAGUAGGUACUAGUAACACAUUUAAAGCGCCGUACCAGCUACAUUUUGUUGAUUAUGGCUGAUGUUAUGAUUAUGAUAUGAUCAGCCUAACAGCUAUAUCACAGGAGCUAAUCUAGAGAACUGAUACCUAAUAUUUGAUUGAUCAACCGCUGGGGUAAGCGGAGUAUGAGGCAGACAGAACAGCGUGUAGGUAAUGGUCUCAUACAAGGCCCCCAUCUUUCUUUCCUGUAAAGAUGAUGCUGCAGUAACUGAACCCAGAAGCCUGAAUAUACUGACCGAGGACGCGGGUAGGGGGUGAUUUCGGGACUUGGCUUGCAGAUUAUAAACAAUGAGAACCAAUUAUGUGAAAAAAUAAUAUUGACAUAUCAAGUUUCCCUAUAUACCAUGUAUACCUACAGUACGUACAUGCCGUGUUGACUUGUUUUACAGGCGUAGCAUCAUUCAGUCUUUACCCAUACAGCAGGGUUUGAACCUCCGACAAGAGGCGCUACAAAUAUUACCUCUUUACGUGUUUUUAUGUUAGCUGCGUUUCUCUCCCCCCGGCGGACCUGCCUUUCUAAGCGCCAGACACUAGGUGGCAGAAUAGCGCGUCCAGUGUUACCGGCCCCUAUAAUGACCCCACGUUAGAAGAAGAAUAGACCUUCGAGGUGAAAACAAGCGGCUGGACUGUUAGGUCCUCGCCUGCGAUUAGGCGGCCGUGGCUACGGCGGCAUGGAAACGGAAGUGUCCGGGCCAUGAAAUUUAUCCUACUAUUACUCAAAUGAGGUGCAAAAAAAUUCAAAAACGGAUUCAUCUCCACACUGAGCAAAUCUGGGUGUCAGGAUGGGGGAGCGGGCAGCUGUCUGUCCACCCUGUGGCAUCACCCCCAUGCAGCAAAUCCUGGCCUCUGGGACGGGCGCCCUCCUCACCUCUCUGUUCGUCACACCCCUGGACGUUGUGAAGAUAAGGCUGCAGUCCCAGAAAACGCCGUUCUAUCAAGCUUUGGCCGUUGAGGCUGUACCCUGGAGCAAUGCUGUGCGGCCUGCUAAGUGGAAGUGCAUCCUGUACUGUAACGGCCUGAUGGACCACCUGUACGUCUGCCAGAACGACGUGCGCUGUGCCCCCUGGUACAGCCGCCCCACCCACUUCAGCGGUACCCUGGAUGCCUUCGUUAAGAUUACACGCCAUGAGGGAGUGAGAUCUCUGUGGAGUGGGCUGCCACCAACACUGGUGAUGGCAGUACCAGCCACAGUAAUCUACUUCACCUGUUAUGAUCAGCUGAGGCAUUUUCUGCACUAUCGCUUGGGUUACCAGGGGACCUUCGUCCCCUUGGCGGCUGGGGCACUAGCCAGGCUGGGUGCGGUCACCGUGAUCAGUCCCUUGGAGCUGGCGCGCACCAAGAUGCAGUCACGACAGCUGUCCUACCAGGAGCUGAGGGUGUGCAUUUCCUCAGCUGUGGCCCAGGAUGGCUGGGUGUCCCUCUGGAGGGGCUGGGGGCCCACCAUCCUGAGGGAUGUACCCUUCUCAGCGGUGUACUGGUUCAUCUACGAGCUGGUGAAGGCCCAGUUUUGCAAGGACCAGCAGGUCUCGGAGCCAACCUUUGCCAUGAGCUUUACUGCUGGGGCCAUUUCAGGGGCGGUGGCGGCGGUGAUGACCCUUCCCUUUGAUGUGGUGAAGACACGGAGGCAGAUACAGCUUGGGGAGAUGGAGAUGUUGGCGGACAGGGCACAUCGGCCUGGAGGACGGAGUUCGGCUAAGAAGCCCUCCUCUACCUUGCACAUCAUGCGGAGAAUCUGUGCUGAGUCUGGCUGCAGGGGCCUGUUUGUAGGUUUCCUGCCCAGGCUAAUCAAAGUAGCACCGGCCUGUGCUAUCAUGAUUAGCACCUAUGAGUUUGGGAAGACCUUCUUUGAGGGGCUGAACCAGGAGCGGCUGUUGCAGAGGAUGUGAGGGGCUCACCUGUCCCUCCCUCAGUCGAAAUCUACACUUGGAAUUCCAGUCUACAAACACUCACAGCACACAGCUUAAUCACACCUGAAACACAUUAUCCUCUUAUCCUGCUAAGUCACCAUUGUAAAGAUUGCCUAAUUUUUUAUUUAUUUUUUAAAUUCCAGGCUGGUUCUCAAGCGUGUUGGCAAAAGGACUCACAAAUAGGCAAAACAAAAUAGCAGAAUAUGCAUCCAGAUCCACACAUGCAUAUUAGUCCUGCAGGGUGGUUCUUUCGUAAUAAUGUGCAAAGGCUAGCCUGUGUCCAUAUGACGGAGUCCUUUCACCCUGUGGAAGCUUCCAGCAGAGCUGUGCCUUACAUGUCUGUUGUGGCCAAUUAAACACUUGCGCCUUGUUCUUCAGGGACUGGCCUAGAAAAUGGGGCUGUUUCUGCAGGAAUCAGGAGUUUCACAUGAUUUUGAUAUUUAAGUUUGUCUUGUACUCGCUGUGUAAAGAGGGGAGUUUUCACUGGCUUGGUGGGGUUUUCCCUCUUCAAGUGGAUCGUAUGGAUUUGAAUUCUGCAUCCCUGUGGAAGGCGACUUGCUACACUUCUGUCUGACUGCAGCAGAGUUUUGAGAUAUUUGGACUAAGCAAUGUUUUUGAGAACUACUGAUGAUAGUGGAUAGGUCUACAGCUUCUUCCCUUUGUAUUGCUACUGAAUUAGUGAUAUAUUUUAAGGCUGAGCAUGGAUGCAUGAUUCCACCUCCUGAUUUUAAGAUUCUGCAACCCUCUGUCCUCUUAUCUGUCAUACAAACUGAUGCCCUCCAUAUUUAAAGAUGUAUGCGUUUUGGAGGUUUCUUCCAGAUGUAAAAAAUCAGUGGUGAUGGGAAGGUGAACAGACACCUAAUGCAGUGAAAUGAGACUGAGUGUGGCAUGUGAGCUGUCACUGUCAUGCAUGCCCUGCUGCCUAUGCUUGCAGUAAAUCUGCAAUGCAGUCCCCAACCCACAGGGGGCACCCAAGGUCAGGGUCCUUGGCAUUGUUUGAAUUCCAUAAAGAACAUUCAGAAAUAAAAGGGUUAGCCUGUCACUUCUAAUUUAACAAUAAGCUACCCACUGUGGGAAAUCUGCUAUGACUGCAUAGCAGAUGACUUGCAUUACAUGCAUGUAAUGCAAGUCAUCCCUGUCAUUCAGGUAUUUGGAUUCACCAGAAUGUUGCGUCUGGUUCAGAUAAGCUAUGAGUAGUACUGAGAGGAGUGCAAAGUUCCAAGUGUCAAUGCUUAAUGAUGGAAAUUACGAAACAUUCAGACAAAUGUAUGUCUACAUUGUAGUCUGAUUACAUCAGGGAUGUUUGACUGGGUUGCGGAAAAAAUACCAGUAUACCUCUGUCAAAUUCAACUAAGACCCACCUGUGAAAUAAAAUUUCAGCAGGCUGUUUAAGUGGAAACGAUCGAUUGGUGUAGCAGGUCACGCUGUACUGUGAACACUACCUUAUCUUCAGUAGGAUUUCAAAUUGUUUUUAUUGUCCUUAAUUCUUAAAUACUUGAAUAUAAAAUGAAAAGGUAAUAAAGACAUCAGUGCUCUUUUUA